AUGGAAUCCUCGUCGGGCAGAUUGGAGGAAGAACGUAGAAAGCAAGAGGAACUCAAGAAACAGAUUGCUUUCUUACAAGCUCAGCUAGUUGAGUUGCCUGAUGAUGCACCUGCAGCAAAAGCACCUACGUCGCCCAAGCGAAAGAACCCAGAACCUAUCCUACUGGCUCCGGCAACACCGUCACCGAAGAAGAAACGGAAGCUUGACCAUCCUAAACAAGGCAUGGGUUCUGUGCGACCCGUCUUCGCAAAAACUGAGCGUAAAGACGCGUCGAAGCGGGCACCAGCUGAGGCAGGCUCUAUCGAGAAGCUGUGUAUCAAGCCAGCACCUUCUAAGAUGCUUGACCAACUCGCGACGAUGAGUUCUGCCGUCGAUACCACCCCAGUUGCUGCUGUCAGCCGAACGAAGGGUUUUAAGGAAACGCCCCAUCUGGAGGUGGAUGAACCUUCGGGUCCGAUACGUGACGAACGGCUGGCACUCAUCGAGGACCUCGAACCUGGGCCGUAUGACCACAGGCCACCGAGUGACGACCCAAACUUCGACAAGCUGGAACCACAUUCAGGUAUCAACCUUUCAUCACGUAAAAUAUCACAUGAAGACUUUCAAGACUACCUUCGAGCUCGUUACUAUUUAUCGCCAUCACGCCUUUACUCUGCAGUCCGACUACUCCCAGACAAGCAAGGCUACGACGUUCCUGUUCCAGGGGACUGGGUAACCAUAGCCGUCGUCGCCGAACGUGGACCUAUUAAGUUCACACGUGCACCAGUAACUGUUGGACCCGACGAGGAUGAGGGAAGGAAGGUGAAGGGAAAGGAGAAGCUGCCAGAGAAACCUUCAGGGAAACGUUUUGUGAACAUGAAACUCGUCGACUUUGGGGCUCGGGCACGAUCGUCUUCGUCGGCUACUGGAGGUAAAGCAGUCAUACGUGGAGACGCUUUUCUAUCUUUGUUGUUAUUUGAGUCGGAUGGUUUCGACCUCAUGAGCAAUGAUGACAAGCGGCAAGAGAAGAUUUACAAGGGUGGGAGCAGAGGUGCUUUCGAGAGUAUGGCAAAACUCAAGGAAGGGGAUGUCGUCGCGCUACUCAAUCCCAAGAUCCUCAAACCAUUUCAGAGGUCAGCAGAUACACCACACCCAGUUAACAACAUUUUAGCCGUUACACCGGAAUCUGCAGCGUCCAUUGUGGUAAUCGGACGCUCACGCGAUCUUGGAAUGUGCACCGUCCAGAAACGCGAUGGAAAGGUGUGCGGAAGUUGGUGCGACAAGAGUGUCAGCGAGGUGUGCGAGUACCACGUACAAGCAGCCGUCCAACACAGGCGGGCUGCGCGUCCCGAGUUCUCAGUAGGGACUUCUGGGCUGACGACCUCCACCAAGUCGACUCGGAAACAUGAUUAUGACCCCCUUCGACAGUGGGGUCUCAAACCGGAGGGUGUUUCUAGUGGAGCCACUUACAUUGUUUCUGGGCACGUCGUUAGCGGGUCCAAUAGUGAUUCACGGACUCUAUUUGUGUCAGAAACGAUGGGACGAGAGGGGCAAGCCAAGGCCAAGCGAAAGACUGCUGGGAAAGAUGCGGAUCGAGCUUUGAAGCUGUUACUCGAAAGAGAUAGGGAAGGCAUGAGGGAUGUGAUGAAAGCUCGAGAGUUUUCGGGGAAAGGUAAACUUGGGGGAGAGAAAGGGAAGGGAAAAGAAACCGGCGAAAAGGACGACUCGGUACAAUCUAAAGGCGCAUACUCGGCCAGCGUGAUCAAGUCACUGGGUUUCGAUCCUUCUCUCAAACCAGGAGUACGCCGAGUAGACAACGCGGAAACCCAGAAGAAGUUCGAAGAACUAGAAGCUGUUCGUGUUGCAAGGAAGGUCAUAGAGCUCGGUCGGAGGCCUGGCACCAGAAUACGAUCUGGAGUCGUGGUGCCCAAAUCAGCCAAGGACCACCCGGCGAAGAAACCUUUCGUCAACGCUGACGGACUAUGUGAUCUGGAUGAAAAUGAUGAUGAGCUGCCGGACCAAAUUCUGCCCUCUCAGAAAACAGUGGAAGACGAGAAGAUCAUAGAUCUUGACGACAUUUAA